CGCACCAGCGCCUGCGGAUCACUUCGGUUCUACUUCUUUCCGACGGAGCCUCGCCCCGCGCAGCUGGGGAACCCUGCGCUCGCCAACCUAGAACCCAGCGGGAGCCGCUGGCCCGCCCGCGCAGUAGGCCGCCUUUCCACUCGGUUUGCCGUCGCGGUGGACUUGAAAUCGGACUCCGGGGUCGGGGUCGGUGGAUCUGCCCUCUGGCCCCGGAGCCGAGUGGGAAACCGAAACCGCCGGGCUCCGCUAACGGCGGCGGAGAGCGCGCGCUCGCGAACCCCGCGCCCCGCCCGAGCGCCGCCCGCGCCCGCCCCCGGGCUCCGUAAGUUUCGAUUCCUCCCGGAGCGAGCGGAGUCGCGCGCCGCGGGCCAGUCCAGCGCCGAGCUGCGCCAUGGCGGACCCGGAGGUGUGCAGCUUCAUCACCAAAAUCCUGUGCGCCCACGGGGGCCGCAUGGCCCUGGACGCGCUGCUCGACGAGAUCGCGCUCUCCGAAGCGCAGCUCUGCGAGGUGCUGGAGGCGGCGGGGCCCAGCCGCUUCGUGGUGUUGGAGACGGGCGGCCGGGCCGGGGUCACCCGGUCCGUGGUGGCCACCACCGCAGCUCGGGUCUGCCGUCGCAAGGUCUGCCAGGUAGAUUGCGGAAACCUGCACCUCUGCAAGCUCAACCUGCUGGGCCGGUGCCACUAUACGCAUACGGAUCGACAUUUGUGCAAAUAUUCUCACGAUGUUCUCUCAGAAGAGAACUUUAGAGUCCUGAAACGUCAUCAGAUCUCUGGACUGAACAAAGAAGAAUUAGCAGUGCUUCUCGUCCAAAGUGACCCUUUUUUUUUGCCUGAGAUAUGCAAACAUUAUAAGGGAGAAGGCCGAAAAAAGAUUUGUGGCCAGCAGCCACCGUGCGAAAGACUCCACAUUUGUGAACACUUCACCCGAGGGAACUGUGGUUUUGCCAACUGCCUCCGGUCUCAUAACCUAAUGGACAGAAAGGUGCUGGUGAUGAUGAGGGAGCACGGACUGAGCCGGGAAGUGGUGCAGAACAUCCAGGACAUCUGCAACAGCAAGCACAACCCGAGAAGGACCGGGUUGAGAGGUCCUUCACAUAACCGGGACCCAGCAUCUAGAGGCAGAAGCAAGAGUAGAGAUCGAUUCUUUCACGGCAGUCAGGAAUUCCUUCCAUCUGCCGCAGCUUCAACCGAGACACCCGGCAUACCCAGUGCAGACCAGAUCGGCCGCAGGUCUCCCCAGGAUGAUGUGCCUGUAGAGGAUCUCACCAGCAAGUUCAAGCAUUUGGGAAGUCAAGAUGGCCCUCAGCCUUCCUCAGCCUCACCCAAGGCCACCAAUCUGGGAGGAAGCGGGCCAUUGGGAGGAACCCGAAGGUUUUCAGAGAAUGGCAGUCCAGAGGGCCUCUUCUAUGGCAGUACCGCCAGCCGUCACCUCACUUCUGAUUUACCACCAGCUUUCAACCAGAAGGUGCCCACAUCCUGGCCGAAUGACCAAGACACCAGUAGAGAGAGUUCGUUUUUUCCGAGUCAGGCUGCCUCCUACUCUCCUCUUGGUUCUCUGCAAACAUCUGAAACCGUGACCACCAGAAAAGGUGUGGGCCUGCUGUCCCCGGGCCAUAUGAAUAUCGAGGGCACAAGUGGGAAUCCAGAAGUCCAGCGCUUCCCACUUUCUGAUAAUAAUUCGGAUGGAAUGGCCACAGAUACCACGUCCGUGAGAUCUUUAAAUUACAAAACCACAACCAGUCGACAGAGGGAAAAUUCAUUACCUAGGAAUCAGGAAGUCAGAGCCACUCACCCUACUCUUGACCCGGUCAUUGUAGAUGGCAGUAAACACAGAGAGCAGGUAUUUUGUGCUAGUAAAUCUGUCCACAACACAACAAACGGCUCUACUAAAGUUACAUUUGAAGCUACUGAUGUCCCUGAUUUCGACUUAACAUCCGCAGUCAGAGCCAGAGCAGAGAAAGAUAUGUUACGCUCUACAAGUCAGAAUCUGAGACCCCAGGCCCUGCGCUCACUGGGGGAGACCACUGCCCACACAUCAGUGAGCACUGUGCCCAAGGUAUCACCUUCGACACCUUCCUCAAACAAUAGAGCUACAGCCUCUGAGGCCCAGGGUCGGAACUCUGCUCAAAUGCCUGUCACCUCUGCCAGUGAGCUUGCCAGGAGGACAGCCGGCUAUGCGCUGAAUUCUGCAUCUGACGUCGCAAAUACCGAGGAUGAUCCUGGUUCAAAGGAAAUUUGUCUUGACCAUCUGUAUAAGGGUUGUCAAUAUAGGUGCAACAAGGUUCACUUCCACCUGCCCUACCGGUGGCAGGUGAUGAAUGAAAACACCUGGGUGGACCUCCAGCCCAUGGAGAAUAUUGAGAAGGCCUAUUGUGACCCCCAAAUCUGCAGCAUUCCUUUCGGAAAUUUAAAAAUCAAUUUCCAGAGAAUGACUUGUGGUUUUAAUCCCAUCCGACGUAUCUCCACACCUUCGUCUGUCACACUGCCGGAUAAUUCUGUCUUCACCACAAAAUGGGUUUGGUAUUGGAAGAGUGGAUCUCACAGAUGGGUUCCGUAUGGGGAGAAGGGAGACAAUCAGCAAAUUUCGAGCAUCGAUUCCUCAUACCUGGAGUCUGUCUUCCUCUGCACUCCGAGGGGCAUUGUGCCGUUUCAAGCGGGUUCUGAGAACUUUGAGCUGAGUUUCCAAGGGAUGAUGCAGACAAACAUAAUUUCCAAGACCCAAAAGGAUGUCGUCAGAAGACCAACAUUUGUGUCUGCCCGGGAAGUGGCGCAGAUGAAAAGUGGGCCAGACCGUCAGCCGGCGCAGACCCUGCCAGAGCCUGCUAUCUCGAUAUUUCUUCCCCAGCAGAAGCCUCCCUCCCCACCACUGAAUGGAUAUGAGUUGUCAGAGAUCAAUAGCUAUUGCUCGGAAUAUGCCAGAGUAAGUGGGUACUUUAGAUCGACGAUGAAACACGUCAAGAUUGAAAAGAUCAAGAAGCUCAAGAAUCCACGGCUCUGGGAUUCCUUUCAAAGGAAAAAAAUGCAGAUGAAGGUCCACGAAACAAACCUGUUUUGUGCCACAGACCGCGCUCACGUGGAUUCUAUCUGUGCGAAUAAUUUUGACUGGAUCUUGCACGGGACCCCUGAAGCCACCUAUGGAAAAGGAAAUUACUUUACAAAAGAUGCCAUUACUGCCCAUAAAAGCUGCCAGUCUGAUCCCAAAAACAUGGUUAUGUUUUUUGCCCGAGUCCUGGUUGGAAAUGUUACUGAAGGAAAGCGGAGCUAUACCAGCCCUCCUCUGCUGUACGACAGCUGUGUGGAUUCAAGGGUGAAUCCUUCCAUUUUUGUCAUCUUUCAGAAAAAUCAGAUUUACCCAGAAUAUGUGAUUGAAUAUGCCGAAGCAGAUAAAGCCUGCGUGGUCAGUUAGAAAUGAUGAGUACACCAUCAUAAAGGAUGCCAUAGCCAUUCCAUCCACUUAUAAAACCGGAUUGACCCACGUAACAGUUAAACGUUUUUACAUUUUCUCGCAUACUUAUCAAGUGCCUUCUGUCAGUGGUUCCCAAACUUUGCUGCACAUGUGAAUCAUCUGGAAACAAACAAACAAACAAAAAAAUCCCAAUGUCCAGAAGGCAUCCCAUUCCAACAAAAUCACUGUUUCUGCGGGCGAGAGCCCGGCGGCGGUGUGUGUCGUAAACUUUGGGAACCACUGCCUUAGACGUAAAGAACGAUUUCGAAUACUUCUGUGAUUGCAGCAACUGCCUCUCUCCCAACUGCUCUUACAGUUGACUGUAUGGC